AUGGCAAGCAGCGCAAAGCUGGAGGUGUCGCAGCCCCCCCGGGCUGCUGUGCCAGUGAAAAAAGUGCAUUAUCCUUUCUGGUUUGGUGGCUCUGCAUCAUGUUUUGCGGCCGCCGUGACGCACCCUUUGGAUCUUGGCACUUUCGGCCAUGUGAUUAAGAGUGAUGGUAUUUUGGGUUUAUAUAGAGGGCUUUCGGCCGCGCUCUUGCGACAGAUGACCUAUUCCACCACUCGCUUCGGUAUAUAUGAAGAGUUGAAAUCGCGCUUCACAUCGCCCGAUGCACCCGCCAGCACUCUCACCCUGGUCGGGAUGGCCUGUACAUCCGGUUUUCUUGGUGGUAUCGCAGGAAAUCCGGCCGACGUUAUGAACGUGCGCAUGCAGUCCGACGCAGCUCUCCCCGUAGAGCAACGCCGUAACUACAGACAUGCCUUCCACGGACUGGUCCAGAUGACCCGCCACGAAGGUCCUGCAAGUCUGUUCCGUGGUGUUUGGCCCAAUUCGACUCGUGCCGUGCUGAUGACCGCCUCGCAAUUGGCUUCCUACGACACCUUCAAGCGUCUCUGCAUCGACAGGUUCGGCAUGUCCGAUAACCUGGGCACUCAUUUCACGGCGUCCUUCUUGGCCGGUUUCGUCGCGACAACCGUCUGCAGCCCCGUGGACGUGAUCAAGACCCGUGUGAUGACCGCUUCUCCGGCCGAGAGCCGCGGCCACAGCAUCGUGGGUCUCUUACGAGACAUCACCCGCAAGGAAGGCUUCGCCUGGGCUUUCCGCGGUUGGGUUCCCAGUUUCAUUCGCCUGGGCCCCCAUACCAUCGCUACAUUCAUCUUCCUGGAAGAGCAUAAGAAGCUCUAUCGUCUGCUGAAGGGUGUCUCCGAAGAGAAGCACACAGCAUAG